AUGGCUCAAUCACGGCUAUGGAAACCUUUGAAAAUUGCCGGAGUCGAGGUCAAACAUCGGAUUGGCAUGCCGGCCCUGUCUCGCUUUCGAGGCACUGACGACCAUACCGCGACGCCAAUGAUGAAGGAAUACUAUAGUCAACGGUCUCGGGUACCGGGAACUCUAAUUAUAACGGAGGCUGGCCUUAUUUCGCACGGUAGUGGCGGCUAUCCCAACGCACCAGGCAUCUGGCGUGAGGAUCAGGUGGUAGCUUGGAGGGCUAUCACUGACGAAGUGCAUCGCAACGGGAGCUUCAUCAUCUGUCAACUCUUUCACAUCGGCCGAGCCGCCGUUCCAGAGAUUGCCAAAAAAGAAGGCAUAGAGAUUGUAUCUGCGAGCGCGAUCCCUCAUGAGGAGGGAGCUCCUGUACCAAGGGCUCUCACUACCGAUGAGAUCGAAGAGAUUGUGCGUGACUUUGCAACGGCAGCGAAGAAUGCCAUUCGUGCUGGUUUCGACGGUGUUGAGCUUCACGCUGGCAACGGCUACCUUCUCGAUAGCUUUACUCAGGACGUGAGCAAUACCCGUACAGAUAGGUACGGCGGCAGCACUGAGAACCGAUCCCGCUUUGCCUACGAAGUGAUGAAAGCUGUCGGCGAUACCAUCGGGAGCGAACGUCUCGGAAUUCGCCUGAGUCCCUGGAGCACGUUCCAGGGCAUGCGCAUGAAAGACCCGGUGCCUCAAUUCUCGAACUUGAUCAGCAAAGCGAAGGACUUGGGUCUGGCUUAUAUUCACCUGAUAGAGCCCCGAGUUGUCAACAACUUUGACCAGGAACACCCUAUUGACGACAACCUUGAUUUCGCGUUUGACCUCUGGGAUAAGCCAAUUCUUCUGGCCGGAGGAUAUAGGCCGGACAACGUUCUGAAAGCGAUCGAUGAGGUAUACUCCAGGAGAGAUAUUAUGGUGAUGUUUGGCAGGCACUUUGUGGCAAAUCCAGACCUUGUUUUCCGAAUCAAGAAUGAGUUGCCGCUUAAUCAAUAUGAACGAAGCACGUUCUAUACCCCUAAGAAUCCAACCGGUUAUCUCGAUUAUCCGUUUAGCAAUGAAUUUUUAGCGAGCGCAGAAGCUGAAAACUAG